GGCCAGACCUAUGCAAAGUCCCAUUCCCUCAACACGGCCGGCCGUUUUAGGAGUCCCCAUGGGGGUACCAAAAUCUGUCAGCUCUACGGGGUAGAGUAGCACGAUCUCUCUCAGUGAAUCCCCAAGGAGCAGAAACCCCCAGGGUUGCCGCUGGGGGCCAGGAGCUCCUACCUGCGCGGCAGGACGGGCGGGGCGGCCGCACAGGCGCACACCCCAGCCGCGCGCUCGCUCCCUAUUGGUGAGACCAGGAGGGCGGGGCCGGCCAGACCCAAAACAAACAACCUGCUCCCGGAGAGACUCUGUGGCCGCGCCGCCGCGUGGCCUCGGCCUGGUGAACGCCCGGGGGAGCGGCGGCCACCUUGUUCCCCCACCCCCUGACCGUGGGCGCCCAGGCCCCGCCCCCGCCGAGCCGCCGCAGGGUUAUAUUGGGCCGGACCGAAGGUGGAGGCGAGAUUCUGCUGCGGCCGGCCAGCGCGGACAUGCUGCCCGGGACGCCGGCGGUGGCACGGCGGCUGCGGACGCGGUGGCCUCGAAGAUUGGGUUCCAUGGGCUCUCGAGGCUAAAGAAGUCUUAUCCUCAAGAGUAGCGGGUACGCCAUCGGACGUCAGCUCGGUGCCUGGAGGACGCCUGCCUGAGAUCUGGACGUCCAACGAAGAAAUCCUUCUGGACGCCUGGACGGAUAGCAGAUGCGCCGGUUUCUUCCUCUCAGAACGGAAUCCCGAGGUUGCCCUGGCACCCGCUCCGCCGGGUGGCCCCUCAUCCCUCGCUUUCUUUCCGCCUAAAAUCUCUAAACCUCGGAGUAAGGACAGUACUGCACCAACUUUUGCUUCUCCUACCCUCAAUACAUCCAGUACUCACAACCCUUCCAAAAAAUAACAUUCCAGCGGAAAAGGACUUUCCUACGGAAAAGUGCCUCUCUCAGAAAGAGGCAGGAGCGGUACCUCCGGCCCGCGAGAUCGCCACCCCGCGCGCCACUCGCUUCCUACGACCUCGCAGGAAAGGGGUACAGCGCCAGACGAAGAAGCACCAGCGCCGGCAUGAAAUUGGAGGUGUUCGCCCCACGCGCCGCCCACGGGGACAAGACGGGCAGUGAUCUGGAGGGGGCCGGCAGCAGCGACGCGCCAUCUCCGCUGUCUGCGGCUGGCGACGACUCGUUAGGCUCUGACGGGGACUGCGCGGCCAACAGCCCAGCGGCGGACGGCGGUGCGGGGGAUCUGGAGGGCGGUGGCGGCGAGAGGAGCUCGGGUGGCGGGCCCAGCUCCCAGGACGGUUCCGAGGUGGCCGACGACAGAGCGCAGGCCUCCGCGACAGGGCCGUGCGCGGGCAGCGUGGGCAGCGGCGAGGGCGCGCGCAGCAAGCCCUACACGCGGCGACCCAAGCCCCCGUACUCCUACAUCGCGCUCAUCGCCAUGGCCAUCCGCGACUCCGCGGGCGGACGCCUGACACUGGCCGAGAUCAACGAGUACCUCAUGGGCAAGUUCCCCUUUUUCCGGGGCAGCUACACCGGCUGGCGCAACUCCGUGCGCCACAACCUCUCUCUCAACGACUGCUUCGUCAAGGUGCUGCGCGACCCCUCGCGGCCCUGGGGCAAGGACAACUACUGGAUGCUCAACCCCAACAGCGAAUACACCUUCGCUGACGGGGUCUUCCGCCGCCGCCGCAAGCGCCUCAGUCACCGAACGACAGUCCCCGCGUCGGGGCUGCGACCCGAGGAAGCCCCACCCGGACCCGCCGGGAGCCCGCAGCCCGCGCCUGCCGCCCGGUCCUCCCCGAUCGCGCGCUCGCCUGCUCGCCAGGAGGAGCGCUCCAGCCCGGCGAGCAAGUUCUCCAGCUCCUUCGCCAUCGACAGUAUCCUCAGCAAGCCGUUCCGCAGCCGCCGCGACGGCGACGCGGCUCUAGGGGUGCAGCUGCCCUGGGGAGCGGCUCCCUGCCCGCCGCUGCGUGCCUACCCCGCGCUCCUUCCCGCGGCGCCGGGCGGCUCCCUGCUGCCGCUCUGUGCCUACGGCGCGGGCGAGCCCACGCAGCUGGCGUCGCGCGGAGCCGAGGUGCAGCCCGCAGCGCCCCUGCUGCUGGCACCCCUGUCCCCCGCCGCCACCGCAACCAAGCCAUUCCGAGGUCCCGAGACCAGCGGCGCGGCGCACCUGUACUGCCCCCUACGGCUGCCCGCGACCCUGCAAGCGGCUUCGGCCUGCGGUCAGGGCCCGCACCUGUCCUACCCGGUGGAGACGCUGCUAGCUUGAAGUGAGCUCUGAGCUCAGCAGAGGGUCUGGGGUAGGAUGGGGACUCCAUUUGUUGAGGAGGUUGCUAUGCAGGCUCCAAGGCUGUGCACCUUCCACUUUCCAGAGGAAUAGAGUUGUUUGGUUUUUUGUUUUUAAAUCCUCUUCAGACGUGCCUUAAAGUUAAGCAUUUUGACCCAAGUGUUUUAACUUAGUCCGGAAUAGUUUCCUUUGUCUUUUGUAAGGAGGAUCAAAGCCGUUCUUUUCUAUUUUUUGGCCAAGCCUGUCCUUUCCUGCAUAAAAGCUUUCCUCUCCCUCCUACUCCUACUAUUUUUGUUGCACCUUCCACUGAUUUAUCUUUCCCACCCUCAAAAAAAGAAAAAAGUACAUCAGGGAACCACUCCAUGGGAUAAAUGAUAUGACUACUGUUUGGGGUUUGGGGGCCCCGUUGGGUGUGCGCAUGCGGUGUUCACAGGCGUGACUGAAUGUGAGAGAGCUGUCAGUCUUCGGACAUUUUCUCUGCUACCAACCAAUGCUUCACUGUGCCAAAAAAGGGGGAAAUGUUGUUGGGUUUUGUAAUUAAAUUAUUUAUAUAUUUUUGGAACCUGAAUUGAAAUGUUGCAGGCAACGGCUACAGCUUUAUUAGUGGUUACCUAACUGUGGUCUUCUUGGGCCAAGCAAUUUCUUUAAAGGAGAAGUUAACAUUAUGUUUGCGGGGUGCCAGGGCCACCACCACAUGAAACCAAGUGUGAUUUUUAUUUUAAUAUUAUUUGUGUCUGUGUAUAUAUUCAUGUAUAAAUUUUAUGAAGCCCAGGCAUACUGCUUGUUUUUUUAAUAAAAUUAACA